UGUGAAACUAGUAGUUAAAACUAAACCAAAGAUAUAUUUUUAAAAGCAAAUGCUGUAUGUACAGAUGUAUAUAUAUACAUACAUGUACUACAAAUGUAUGUAAAAAUUCUAAGGAUUGAUGAAAAAGUGAAAUAAUCUCAUUCCCGCUUGUGCAACUCCACUCGUGAAAUAUUUUUUCGCCGAGCAUAUUGCAUUUGUAAUGAAGAUUGAAUGUGUUUUUAAUUAUACGAAUACAAUUGUGCGGGUGGCUGCAAACCUCUAUUGUAUUACUUUCGCUUCAUCAUAUUGAAUAAAGGAUUUUCCUGCACGAAUCGUUAUUGUAUUGCUGUUGAUACUGCAGUUCCGCCCGCAGUUUCCCUGCAAGUGUUUCGGAAGGAGUUUAUGUGACUAUGAAGUGCCUCCGAAAAAGAAAAGUAGUUGAUAUGGAUCCUGAUCUUGGCUCUGAGCCACCGUCAGCUAAGCGUAAGCAAACGGUUCCAUCGCCUUACAAAAGCGAUGCAAGUUCAAUGGCGUCGUCUGUCUAUCCCUCGCCGAUUAAUGUGUUUGUCCACGAAAUCGAUACACGCAGUUCCUGUGACUACCUCUACGAAGAAACGGAAUUCGAUGCAAGCGCAGACUGCAUUUCCGACAAUAGCAUACGACCGGACGACGAAGUCGCGAAAGAAUACGAUGAAGUCGUUACGGCAAUAACGUCGCCAUCAGCUUGCUCCGUAACCAGCUCCACAGAAGCGCAUCACAUAUAUGAAUUGCAUACCACCACCCAAUUGGGCGAACGCACUCCUGGCCAGAUAAUUCAAAUGACAAAUAAAAUGGAUGCGGAUGAAAACAAUCCUGAGACAAAGUUAGUCAAGAAGUUGGACGACUAUACAGGAACGCAAUACAACUGUAUGACUCCUGCUGCAGAACCAGAAGAGCUGCGGCAGUGUCCUUUGCCUGCACUAAGUUGGGCUAAUGCCGACGAUGUUUGGCAGCUGAUGUGCAAAAAGGAUCAACAAGCGGCCUACUUGCGAUCAGGUUCAAUGUUAGAAUGUCAUCCGAGUUUGCAGCCACGUAUGCGUGCUAUUUUGCUCGACUGGCUGAUUGAGGUGUGUGAAGUGUAUAAACUGCAUCGAGAAACAUAUUAUCUGGCAGUGGACUAUUUGGAUCGUUAUCUCAGCGUGCAAAAGAAUAUACAGAAGACUCAUCUGCAGCUGAUUGGCAUAACGUGUCUAUUUGUAGCGGCGAAAGUAGAAGAAAUUUACCCGCCCAAAAUUGGAGAAUUCGCCUAUGUGACGGAUGGCGCAUGCCAAGAAUCAGAUAUUUUGCAGCACGAAGUGUUGUUACUGCAGGCACUUGAAUGGAGUAUAAAUCCGGUUACACCCAUGGGUUGGUUAGGUGUCUACAUGCAAUUGAAUGUGAAUAAUAGAACACCUUCAUCAUUCAAACGCGGUGCUCAUAAAAGGAAAUCAGCGCUAUCGACCAGGGGUGAUCCGAAAACCAACGAUGACUUUAUUUAUCCACAAUUUUCUGGAAUGGAAUUUGUCCAAACUGCACAGUUACUGGAUUUAUGUUCGUUGGAUUUGGGGAUUGCUGACUACGGAUACUCCAUUAUUGCUGCGGCCGCCAUGAGUCACACAUUCAAUAGAGAGAUAGCCUUGCGUUGCUCUGGGUUCGAUUGGCAAACAGUUGAGACAUGUGCACGCUGGAUGCAGCCCUUCUUUCAAAUUGUGCAAGAAGAGUCAACGUAUCUUGUCUUGAUGGAGCAAAAUGAUCAGCUAACGAAUCGUUUUGGUAUGGGACACUUUUGCCCAAAUAUCGUGACAGAUGACUCACACAUUAUACAAACUCACACAAUAUCAAUGGGAAUGUUUGAUCGCGUUGCUCAAUUGCAAGAAAAUGCUUUGGCUGCUAUAAUUCGUACGGAAGCAUCUCCAGCUACCGGCUUAUUAUGCCCAGAGGGGUUGUUGACGCCGCCAGCAUCUAGUCGAAAACCACUUGAUGUAACAGUAGUCGAUUACGACCUUGAGCCAGAUUCCGUUGAUAAAGAGCACAUUAUCUGUCACAUGCACGAAUGACACAUGAUUUCAAAAAUGCAGCUAGUGAAGCAAAGAUCACCCACGUAAACCUCAAGUAAAAUACUUAGUAUGUCAUUAAACUUCUAAAGUUCAGUCUAACAAAGUAAAUUAUAAAAAAAAAAUUUAACACGUUCAUACGUUUAGCAAAAGUAAAUGUAUAGUAGCCAUUAAUGUAGUUCAAUAUGAAAGAGAAAUACUAAUGUUUUUCAUGCUUAUAUUUUAAACAUCCAAAUAUCAUGUAAAUAAUUACAAUACAAUUGUUUAAGGUUAGAUUAUUAGUAAAGAAAGUAGAGAUAUGUUUUAGAGCAAAUAACUAAUUGUACCAUGUUUAAAAUGUUAUUGUUAACGUCUAAUGUAUAACGUAUCAUACUAUUAUUUUAUGGUGCAUAGCAUUCACUUCGCAAGCGUAGCAUUAUAUCCUUCAACAAUUAAAAACGAGCACAUUGUGUGUAUAUAUCGUCAGUUGAAUAAUGUACAGCAUAAUUUCGAAAUUUCUAUUUUGUGGGGAAAGGCAAUCAAAGUUUGAUCAAUUCAUACAAUUACCAGAAGAUAAUUUAGGUAGGCCUUCUUAAGUGACGCCAUUCUAAGAGGCGUACCCAAGAAGGACUGAAAAAAGUGCUUCUUUGCAUGCCUGCCCCACUUUUUCCGAUUGUACUUCAGAUUAUUCAAUUGUACUUCAGAAACCGUAAAAUAUACUUCAGACUAGUUAUUUGUACUUCAGAAACCGUAAACUAUACUUCAGACUACACCUUUUCUAAUAGUACUUCAGAAAGCGUCAAUUAUAUUUCAGAAAUCAUCAAAUGUACUUCAGAUUUGUAAAUUGUACUUCAGAAUCCAAAAAAUGUACUUCAGAUUAGUCAACUGUAUUUCAGAAACCAUUAAAUGUACUUCAGAUUUGUAAAUUGUACUUCAGAAACCAAAAAAUGUAUUUCAGAUUAGUCAAUUGGACUUAACCUACUACACCGUAAAUUGUACUUCAGAAACCGAAAAAUGUACUUCAGAUUAAUCAGUUGCACUUCAGAAGCCGUAAAAUGUACUUCAGAAAGUGUGACAUGUACUUCAGAAACUACUUUUGUAAAUGUACUUCAGGUGUUAAAGUAGCGCUCUAUAAUCCAUUUAACAUUACAGUUCACUUCCUCCAAUGUAGGGACUUUGCUCCAAAUCCUUCUAUUUUGAGAAUAUUGAUAUAACCAAUCAUUAUUUCUCUGAGGGUGAUAUAUCUCUCGAACUAACUUUAUAUAAAAGAUGUUUGCACGAACAAAGGAGAACUGUAAAUACACAUGUAUGUACAUAUAGCCUUUCGCUUAAUGCUGAUCUAAAAUAAAAUUAUAGUUUAUAAAACUAAA